AUGAUGGAGUUACAAAAGCAUAGCACACCUGUUUUGGGACACUGCAAAGCUUCCAUAGUCAUCAUAGAGAACCUACUCACUCCUAAAAAAUGGUGGACACUAAUUUAGGACAUUACCCUUGUUCAAUUUCUCUCCUUGGUAAGCCAUUGGCUUUCCUACCUUCUUCUAAAUACACAAGUCAUUACUAUUCCUAUUACUACUUCAAAUCUACCACUAGAUUUAAAUGCACCAUCUCUUCUUCUAGCUUUCCGUCGUUCUCAUCAAUGGCUUCCUCCCAAACUUCUUCUCCUUCUCAAUCUUUAACUUCUCCUCUUUCACUCGUCGUUUUCUCAGGGGGUACUGCUUUUAAUGGGGUUGUGGAGGAGCUGAAAAAGCUGACAACUCGUGUUGCACAUGUUCUUCCUGUUUCUGAUGAUGGAGGAAGUACAGCUGAGAUUGUUCGUGUGCUUGGUGGUCCGGCUGUUGGAGACAUAAGAUCAAGAUGUUUAAGGCUCUCUGACCAAAGUACUGCCGAGGCUCUUGCUGUUCGACAAUUAUUAGGUCACCGUUUACCUCUACAUGCUAAAGAAGCCAAAUCAGAAUGGUAUGACAUUGUGGAAGGAGACCAUCCACUCUGGGAAGGAGUAUCGGUGCCAUACAGGGAAACAAUCCGAGCAUUUUUAGUUUACUUUCAGCAUCAGAUCCUUAUGAGAUCUGACGAGAAAUUUUGUUUCAGCAAUGGCAGCAUAGGGAACUUUUUCUUUGCUGGUGCCCGAAUAUUCUUUCAGUCACUAGAAUCUGCAAUAUUUUUAUUUUCACGUGUUUCAGAGAUUCCUAAAGAAAGUCUUGUUCUCCCAGUUAUAUCCACUAAUGACAGGCUGACACUGGGCUGUGAAUUGUGGGAUGGAAGAACCAUACGUGGUCAGAAUGAAAUAUCUCAUCCAUCUGAUGGACUGUUCGAACCUGUAAAUAAGAAACGCUGCUCGGUUCAAGCACUUCCUUCAAGAAUAAAGCGGGUAUUUUAUAUGUCGAGUGAGGGGAAGAAUCUGUUACAUGAGGUCUUCCCUCCACCAAAUCCAGCUGUUUUGGACCAGUUGAGAAGUGUCGAUUGCAUUGUCUAUGCUAUGGGAUCCCUUUUUACGUCUAUAUGCCCUUCGUUGGUACUAAAUGGGAUUGGGGAAAUCAUAUCUUCAAGAUCUUGUCCAAAGAUUCUUAUGUUGAAUGGUGUACAUGACCGUGAAACAAGUGGAUUUUCAACUUCAUGCUUUGUGACUGCGAUUACUGAUGCUCUUAAUAGAACUCAUGGGAACACCACAAACUCUCUCAAUAAUCCUCCAAGCAAGUACGUUAAUACAAUUUUGGUGCCCAAAAAUGGUGAAAUUCCAGUGGAUUUAAGUGCCUUGAGGAACCAAGGGAUAUAUAAUGUGGUCUUUGUUGAAUCAUUACAGGAUCCUAAAGUUGGCAUAACCUUUGACCCCAACUCGUUGAUACAAGCGUUGGAAGAUAUACUGAGGAAGGAGCUCGAAUCGAAUGGGAAUUAACAUUCAGCUCUUUUAGUUGAGGAGUUCACAGAAGUAAGCAUCAUCCAGAACGCUUGAUGAUAAAAACAGUCUACCUUGUUCUUGGGCUUUACUCAAUUGUUAUGUUGCUUUUAGUAUGUGUUACAAGUGAAGCUUUUGGAGAAGGAUAAACUAUGUUAGCCCUGCUUUUCGACUGACAGCGGCCAGCCCACUUGAGAUCAUCAAAACAACUAGUAGGAUAGAAUUGGGUAGCAAAUCUGCAAUUUCUAAAGGUUUUCCCAUGGAAAUUAUGCAUAGAUUGUACUUCAUGAUGUAAUCAGGAGUAAGUUCAUUCUUAUGAGUCAUGUCUCAGCAUUUUUUCAUAUUCUUUAUGCAAGAUAUCAGGCCUUGCUCAAUUAUAUAGAUUGUAGAAAUCGUAUUUAUGAGCUAUUAUUGAUAUCGUUUUUGGUGAUGUCUGUCA